AUUUAGCUAAAAUACGGAUCUGUCCUCUACGUAAAAUCCUUUGAACGAACAUCCUUAUUCAUGCCAGGAAAUCCGAAUCUGAAGUGCGAGGGAUAAAAUUCAAAUCACGCAAUCCACAUGGCCAAAAACAUCUGCCAAACAUGCCACCGCGAAUUUACCAGGGCAACACAUCUUAACGAACACGUGACAAGAAUGCACACCUCCAGAGAACGACAUCGCCCCUGCCCAUUCGCACAAUGUGGGAAAGCCUUUCAUGAAAAAGUUGACGUUGGCAGACACGUGAAAAGCAUGCACAGCACGAACAAACGACCCCCAGUUCCGUGUACUUUUGAAGGAUGCGUUAAAACCUUUAAGCAUCAGAAGACCGCUUUCCACCACUUUGUAAAAGAACAUGCCACGAAUCCUGUCCGAUUUCGGUGCACCCUUUGUGGCAAAGAAUUUAGGGAAAAGCCCAACCUUGACAAUCACAUUGCCACCCACACUGGCGAGAAAAACUAUAAGUGUCCAAACUGCAGCAGAAGCUUCAGACACCAGUCAAAUUUCAAAGCGCAUCAGGAAGAAAUCCAGGCAAGCAUUGCGCUCAAAAAAGGUCACCACUGCGGCCGAGAUUAAGAACAUUAAGCGCGAAUCUGCCCGCAGAAUUGUGCAGACGGAGGACGAGAAAAAGGAAGAAGCCUUCCAUUUUGUAAUGAAAUAUGCCACGCCUGACGAAAUAGAGAGAUAUCAGGACGCACAAGGCAGCCGAGAUUAUGCAGAAAUUACGAGGAAUGACGUGAUCCGGAGGGCAAAGGAGGCUUCAAAAAUUUAA